UGUGGACAGUGCCAGGAAGAAACCAUCCAGCUCCACAACACGUUCCAGGUCCCCUGUAAAUGGUCCAUCAGCAUGACUGAUCCUGUUCAGGAGGUGGACAAACAUCUGCCAGGGAGCGAGCACCAGAAGCUGCUGGAGGAGAUGAAGUCUGUGCCCUGUGGCUUUGAGGUGCUGCCCUCAGCUGGAAGCCUCGCUCCAGGACAGCAGUGCCACGUCCAAGUCCGUUUUUCACCCACGGAAGAGAAGUGCUACCGGGGCGAGCUGCAGAUCCAGAUUUGCCAGAGCAGCCAACGCCUGCAGGUGCCGGUCUUGGGACGUGGUCUGGAGCCACGCCCCAACAGCUUGUUGCUGCCUCCGUGUGCCCCGGGAGAGAAGCUGAAUGCUGAAGCCCAAGGAAGGGGCAUAAAAAUGAAGGUUGACGUUGUGGAUCCACCAGGAAAGGUGGUGAAGCUGGGAAACAUCUGCAUUGGACAGACGGUGAAGAAGAUGGUCACCGUAGCCAACAAGAGUGCAGCCCCUCUCACCUUUAAGCUGAGGGUCACGUCCACCGUGCCAGAGCUGCAGGAAGCUGGGGUUCUGUGCUUGAAGCCCAGCAAGGAUCUAAAGCUGAAGGGCAGAGGAGACACCUGCAAAGUGGAGGUGACCUUCUCCCCGAAGCGCCGCAUGCAGCCGUUCAGCGGGGAAGUGCUGCUGGAGUGCCGCGGGCUGGUGCGCUCCCUCUGUGUGGUGCGGGGCUCCUGCCAGGGCAGCCUCGUGAGCCUGGACCAGGACCAGCUCAGCUUUGGAGCCGUGGUGCAGCAGAGCUACACGUGCCGGCGCGUCGUCAUGCGGAACGCGGGCGACACGAGAGUCAGGUUUAUGUGGGACGCGGAGAGCUUCAAGCCAGACUUUUCCAUCAGCCCCACAAAGGGUUACAUCAGCCCAGGGAUGGAUGUCCCCUUGGUUGUGACCUUCCGCCCCUCGAAGCUGAGCCAGGCUGUCCAGUACGAGGGGCUGCGGUGCUUCAUCCAGGGCAGUGAGGCGCUGCGGCUUACGCUGGCAGGAUCCUGCAUGGAGGCCCCUGGCCCCAAAGAGGGCAGGAACUGA